AAGACAGCUGUCGAGCCAAAGGAUAGCAAAGCAAGUUUGAGCAUUCUGCAUAAAACACUGGAAUGGAUUUGGGCACUGAUUCAUGUAGUCAGGAAUGGUAUAGAGCUGGCUGAUGUGCAGGGGAGUGAAUUUGUACAUGACGCUACAAAUCAUUCACCGGUGGCGGUGAAAUCCAGCAACCAGUCUGUGCCCUCGGCUGAGCUCUUGAUUAGCCCAGAGCUCUUAUUAUAAUUCACGAUGUGAAAUCAUGCAGAAAUUUUCCACGUACAAAGAAUUUUCUUCACCUCUUAAGGAACAUUGCUUUGUGGACUGAUCUGCACAUGUAAGAGCGCAGUUGGCAUAUGCAUCUGUCAAGUUUGAGCUUCACAUCUCUGCCUUGAAAACAAUCAAAGUCAGGGAAUUCCUGGACUGUAAAUGAAACCAGCGUUCCCUAACUGGGGCUGUUAAUCUGGUUCAAUAACGGAACUCUGAUUCUCGGAGGACCAGCAAGUUUACCUGGAUGGAAGAGACUCAUCUGCUGAAAGAAAGGCUACAAGCUAUCACGGAUAAGAGGAAAAUACAGGAAAAAAUUACCAGACAAAGAUUUGAAGUGGAUGAGCUAAAACUGAAGCUUAAGCACUUAAAGUCAAAGAGUUUGCGAGAAAGAUGGCUCUUGGAGGGAGUGACCAACAUCUACCCUCAAGAAGAAGAGGAAAUGAGGAAGCAGCACCAAGAAGAUCAACUUCAGUCAAAGAAAUUGGAACAAAACAUUCUCAGGCUUGAAGAAGAAAUUAAAUCUCUUGAAAACCAAGAAGCCCAAGUUUCACUUAAUGAACAAACGUUAUUGAAGAAACUGAAAGCAGCAGAAAGAUCUACAGCAGAUAUAAUAAAGGCGGCACAGGCUGAGAAUUAUGAAGACCAAAUGAAGUUUGUACACUCAGAAAUUCCAGACCUACCAAAAUCAUAUGAAUCUCAGAAUCGGCAGAGAACACCAAGUCCAGACAUUGAGACACAGUACCUUGAGGAGCCUAAAGAAGCAUUAUUUGCCAUGGAAAUCAAUGUUCAAAAGGAUAUGAAGACUGGAGAAAGCACCAUUUUGUCAGCUGCGCCAGUUUUGGUCGAUGAAAUUGAAAACAAAGGUGUUAAAGUCUAUGAGGAUGGAGUCAAGUCUGUGUAUGCAUUAUGCAGUGAUGGAAGCCUGGUGCAGAAUGGCGUAGAUAACAUGACUCGUGAUGAAGUGGAGGCACUGUUACAGCAGGCUGGUGAAAGACAAGCCAAUGUUUCAGCAGUUUGUCAUGCACCUGUUUACUCAAGUUCCCACAUUAAACUCCAGUCUCAUAAAAUGCUACCCACUAAGCAGAAGGGAUCAGAAUCAAUAGUUCAAAAUAACACGACAAUAAGUGAAAGAGUUGAGAGGCAUAACCCUGUGAGGGCACAAACUUAUGGAAGCAACAACCCUAUGGUGUGUCAGGAAAGGGAUUUGCCUGUUUUUCCACAGCCAUCAUUUAUACCUGCUCCCUUCUCACCAGUAACCAGUUACAGAUCUCUGAACUCAACACAAAGUCAGAGUCAGCAACACAUUGAGUCACAGUUAGCUGAGAAUGAGCUGAAUUCAGUCCAAGUUGAAUGUCGUCAACCAAGGGACAACCACCGUGAGGCUGUGUUUAUCACUUCAGAGCUCGAUCGUGAUGGUGGAUCAUCUUCUGCUUCUGAAGAAACGGUUGUCAGUUUGAACAUUGCCCACUCAUUGCCUUCAACUAUUAACACUGAGGAGCCAGUUACCAUGGUCUUCAUGGGAUACCACAAUGUAGAUGACGAAAAUGAAACCAAAAAGGUUUUGGGGUAUGAAGGAGCUAUCCGAGCAGAAUUAGUAUUGAUCAGUGAUGAUGAGGAUACUGAGGUAUCACCACAUCAAGCAAAUAAUCAGACUAUACCAGUGCUUCGUCCAGCCCCACAUUCAACUACUGCUGACGUACAUAGAACAUACGCUGCAAUAAAUCUAACUACGGGAGGUAGCUCAUUCCCAAAGAAACCUGCUUUAACUUCAAGCCAAGACACAACAACAAAUCAUUCUCCUUACAUCAGUUACUCUGAUGGACAUAUGGAUGGAGUUGGAAACUAUGAUGACGACUCUGUGUCAGCCUUAAGAUCUAAAGUGACCAGGCUAGGUAAAAAGAUGGCGAUGUGAAGUGGAGCCUUCAAACCAACCAAAACUUGACCACUAAUUCUACCUGGAACAUUUGGAAGUAAUGUGACCUGUUAAAUACAAGUCAAAAUGACCAUCUGCAGAGUUUCUUAUACAGCUAAGUCAUCUAUUACUCAGCUACAGAAUUGAAACAAUAUGUUGUAUCCAUUGCAUUUGUAUAACCUGUCAUUUAUCUCAAUUUAAUUGAGCUAUCCAAUCAUUUGUACUCUGUAUUGCAUGUGGAAAACAGUAUUAGGUUCAAAUAAAUGUUGCAAAAUUGUUGUAAAAAGGGACAUGAAGCCAAUUCACCAACACAGUGGCUCAGUGGUUGGCACUGCCAGUUUAACAGUGCCAGGGACCUAGGUUCAAUUCCACCCUUGGGCACCCUUGUGGAGUUUGUACAUUCUCCCUGUGUCUGUGUGGGUUUCCUCUGAGUGAUCUGAUUUCCUCCCACAAUACAAAGAUUGUGCAGGUUAGGUGGGUUGGCAAUGCUUAAAUUGCUCAUAGUGUCUUAGCCAUGAGAAAUGCAGGGCUAUAGGGUAAGGGGGGGCUAGCCCUGGGUGGGAUGUUUUUUGGAUGGUCAGUGUAGACUUGAUAAGCUGAAUGGCCUGCUCCCACACUGUAUGGAUUCUAUGAUUCUAUAACAUGCAUCAGCAACAUUAAAGUUCUAUACUACCAAAUGACUAUUGCAAAAUAGAAUUAGUUUUAGUUUUGAAACCAAUUUUCACUUACAUUUUUAGUUUGAAAGAUUAUGAGCAAUAAAGUUCUUUGACCAAAAUUA